CUGGCUUCGAAGUUAGCUAUGCCUUUCGUUAGCAGGGUUUACUUCGUCCUAGCGAUAUCAAGUAUAUUCAUACCUGAAUCUUUUCAAACCUAUUCGUCUCAAGGCGGUAACCACUGCCAGUGAAUCGUAUAAUCAUCUAGCAAUUCAUGUUGUGUAGCCAUAGUGAGUUAUGAAAGCAAUGCAAGCUUUACUCCGUACAAUGGCCGCAUUUCAAGUGUUUCUCCGUCCCGCAUUGCCCCGGUUGAUAGAUACGUCACGAUCCCAGCCUGUUCAGACUUCCCAAGGAGCUAUCAAAUAUUUCUCGCACUCAGGUAGCGAGUCAAUCUUUACCCGCGCACUUCGGGAAUUAAGGAUGAGCCUGACGCAGAUGUGCCGUGGUAUAGGUCAACACUACAGGAUAUCAGAAGAACCGCAAGGCUCAAGCUCUAGUCGUGUACUUGCAAUGAAUUCGAGUUGAAGCUGUUAAGUAAGGCUAAACAGGCAAGGCAUUGUGGAUAUCCAUAGUCU